AUGGACGUUGUAGAGGAGCAGUUCCGGAAGGACGCGCUUGGAGAAGGCAGGCAUCAGGAUAAAGAACGCGUCAGGAAGGCGGCUUACCUGCAGGAGCAGGAGGACAGGGCGGUACGUGCGCUUGCAGCUGCCAAGGUCCGCGAGCUCUCCGACGACGACGAAGCGCAGCGCUGCGACGGCCAGCAGGUCCACGCGAGCCUCGACACCAGCCCAGAGGUCCAGCGCCGUGUCGCCGACGAAGCAGCGGCCGCCGUCGCCACCCUGUCAGACGGGGAACUCCUCACGUCCGCUGCGGGCUUGCUGCAAGUCCAGCUCGGGCCAACUCCGUGGCGCACGGUCCGCCUCCGUCUCACGUUCCCCCCCGGCUACCCGGUGAGCCCGGGCAGCUGCCUGGCGGUGGACCUGGCGUCCGCGGAGGGCUGCGUGCACCCAGCGCCGCUGGCGCGGUUGCGGGAGGCGGUGGCGAGGGACUGCCGCGGCCGUCCGCCGGGGGAGCAGGCCGUGCCGGCGAUCGCGCUCGUCCGCAAGUUCGUCGAGAAGAACACGCUGCUACCGGCCUUUGAAGACAUCGAUGCAAUCAAGAAGUUGUUGAGGGAGAAGGGCGUCGGGGAGGUCGUCGAGACCUCGGACCGGAAGGGAACGGUGCGAAUACGCUUCGCGUCCGGGCGGUACUCGGCCCACCUCGUGUGCCGCGUCGGCGAGCGCUACCCCGAGGGCGCGCCGAGCCUGGAGUUCACUAAUGACGGCAACUUUCCCGCGGGCCUCGCCGACGCCGCGAUCGUCGCGGCGCGGGAGCAGGCGAAGCGGCUCGCGGAGCCGCCCUCGGCCGCCGCCGGGGGGCCGCUGCUGGCGGCGCGCGAGGGCGCGGGCACAGGCAACAAGGAGCGCUCGAGACACGCGCGACAACAAACCUUCCACAGCGCGCAGACCGCGAACAAGCUCGCGGAGACCGCCGCGGAAGCGGCGGCGCGCCUCGAAGCUGAACGCAAGCGGAAGAUCGCGGAAUUCAAGCCAGCGCGGAGCCUAUUCCCGGCAGUACACCGCCUGGUCGAAUGCUUCGUCGAACCGCUCGCGAAAGGUUGCUGCGAGAUCUGCGGAAAGCGGCUGCUCCCGGAGGACCCCGCGAAGGCCAAGGCGGCGCGCGCGGAGCGGCUGAUGUGCGGGCACCACUUCCACUUUGGCUGCCUCGAGAAGUACGUCUCUGAGCCUCCGUUCGACAAGGGGUGCAAGGUGUGCGGGGAGCAGGUGGUGCACGCGAGGCUGACGACGAACAAAAAGGUGCUCGAGGAGCGCUGGGCCGCGAAGAAGAUGCGGGAGCGAGAGAUCUCCGACGUCAUGGACAUGUUCUAG